UACUCGCUUAUUUUCCUUCCUAUUUCAGCUUUUUCAUUGACGAAAAUGGAGUCUCAAGAACCCAAUGUUACGAAGUCCCCUCUGAUGUACUUGAACCGGGUGCCGGUGAAAACCAUAUUGGAAGGUAGUGAUGCCGAGCCGGGGUUCGUCGGCACGACGGUGGUGGUUGGUGGGUGGGUUAAAGUUUCCAAGGAGGUGAAGGAGGUUAUGCCACAGCCUCCACCAACAUCGCCGCCGAUGGCAUCCGAUGCUCGCCCUUCUCCUCCUCAUCCUCCGGGGACUAAAGAUGUUAGCUGCGUGGAAGUUCUUCAAUCUCGAAUCCCCUUUUUCACGACCAUUAUCAGGGUUUUGGGUGGCUCUACUAGUUCCCCAGCUGUUCGACAAAAGUUGGAGUCUUUGAUUCCUAAACCACCUCCUCCUUCCAUUUUCUUUUUACAAAUCAAUGAUGGCUCUAGUGUUUCAAACCUGACGGUCGUGAUAGAUUCAGCCACAGUUCCAGUGUCCGCAGGCCAAAUUCUACCAACUGGAACGUGUGUGUUAGUCCACGGUGUUUUGGAAAAACCAUCGGCACAUGGAAAACAAACCAUUGAGCUUAAAGUAGAGAAAAUUCUUCAUGUUGGGACGGUAGAGCAAGAUAAGUAUCCUUUGUCAAGGAAAAGAUUACCCCUUGAUUCUUUGAGGGAUUAUCCCCAUAUUCGUCCUAGGACAACCACGGUGGCAUCUGUUACACGAAUCCGCAGCGGCCUAGAUUUCGCGACCCACACAUUCUUCCAGAACCAUGGUUUUUUACAUGUGCAUGUGCCGAUUAUCACAACUACGGAUUCAGAAGGGUUCAGUGAAAAGUUUCAGGUCACAACUCUUCUCAGAGAAACAAGCAAGAAGGAGGCGUCGAUCGGUGUUAGUGAUGCCGACGGUGUUAGCUUGGAAACUGUUGAGGCUGCUGUGAAGAAGAAAUCAAGUAUAGUUGAAGAACUCAAGAGAAGUGACAGCAAUAGAGAAGCACUUGCUGCUGCUCUUCAGGACCUGAGAAAAACAAAUGAAUUAGCACAACAGGUUGAUUCAAGAGAAAAGUCCAAAGCAGUAACUGCUGUGAAGCCUGAUUUAGUGAACUUCAAUGAGGAUUUCUUCGGUCGGCAGAGCUAUUUAACUGUUUCUGGCCGCCUUCAUCUGGAGAGCUACGCAUGUGCUCUCGGACGUGUUUACUCAUUCGGACCCAGAUUUCACGCCGAUAAAACAGUGUCCGCCAAGCAUGUGGCUGAAAUGUGGACAGUCGAGGCCGAAAUGGCUUUUUCACAACUAGAGGAUGUCAUGAAAUGUGCAGAGGACUAUUUCAAGUUUCUAUGCAGAUGGAUAUUGGAUAACUGUUCAGAAGACAUGACGUUCGUCUCGAAAAGGAUCGACAAGACUGUUGUCCAUCGCCUUGAAUAUAUGGAUUCGAGUUUUUAUGACAAGAUUCCCUAUAGAGAAGCAGUGGAAAUUUUGAGAAAGGUCACAGAUAAGGCAUUUGAAACACAAAUUCAGUGGGGUGUCCCUUUGACAGAUGAACAUCUAAGCUACUUGGCUGAUGAACACUAUAGGAGGCCUGUAAUUGUUUAUGAUUAUCCGAAAGCGGUUAAGCCAUUUUAUGUACGCUUGAAUGACGAUGGAAAAACAGUUGCAGCAUUCGAGAUGGUUGUACCCAAGAUCGGAACAGUGGUUACAGGCAGCCAAAACGAAGAGAGGUUUGACAUUCUAAAUACCAGGAUCAAGGAAUUCGACUUGUCAAAAGAUCAGUAUGAAUGGUACUUGGAUCUCCGCCGGCAUGGAACCGUCAAGCACUCUGGAUUUAGCCUAGGGUUCGACCUGAUGGUUCUCCUUGCCACUGGCUUAACCGAUGUCCGAGAUGUAAUUCCCUUUAUCAGAAGUCAUGGAAAAACCAACAACUAAGGGAGAGCGUUGAAGUUCAUAAAAAAUAGUUUCAUCUUGCCUGUGUUU